CGCAAGGUCCUACCAGCUGUGCACGCACGGAGCAGCUCGAGCUUCUUUCACCAUCGAGUAUGAGCAUCCUCAUCAUCGGACAGGAUUUAAGAGCGCGUUCUAAAACUCGUUGGAAUGUUGUUAUUGCAUUUGGAUUCAUAUGAUUUUAAAUGUAAUACAGAUUUUUUUUAAACCACAUCAAACCAACUAGCCGAUUCACUUCUACCCCAGUCUUUAACUCUGAGAAAACCUUUUAAGUCUAAAGAUGUCACUGAUGUUUGGGAAAGCAAGGAGUUGUAACUUCUCUGCUAUCCCUGAGGGGGGACAACCUGAGGUCAAUGUGGUCAUCCUUGGAGUGAAGGGCUCAGGAAAAUCAGCGUUGACUGUCAAAUUUCUCACCAAGCGCUUCAUCAGUGAAUAUGACCCCAAUCUAGAGGAUACUUACUCUUCUGAGGACAUGGUGGACCAACAGCCUGUCGUUGUGAAAGUUAUGGACACAGCUGACCAGGACGGCCCAGUGAACUGUGAGCGCUACCUCUCGUGGGCCAGUGCCUUCCUUGUGGUCUACAGCAUAGACAAUAGACGGAGCUUUGAGGGCUGCCAACAGUACCUGGAGGCCGUCACCGUCCACACCAAGGCCCUGCAGCCAAAGACCCCCAUUAUACUGCUGGGCAACAAGCUGGACAUGGAGAGAUACAGGCAGGUGAGUAAGUCGGACGGCUCGGCCCUCGCCACCCGUUUCGGCUGCCUGUUCUUCGAGGUGUCUGCUUGCCUGGACUUCCUGUCUGUCCAGCGGGUCUUCCAUGAAGCUGUGAGGGAGGCCAGGCAGCUGGGCGGCAAAAGGAGCCCCCCGUUACGUCCCCUUUACAUCAGUGAGGACAACAAGCCAUUGUUCAGCCUCGCCACCGUGCCCCCGUUCACCACCCCCUGCUACAAAGAGCUCCCAGUGCCCGCCACCGCCAAGCUGGUGACGGUCAAGUCAUCACGGGCACAGAGCAAACGGCGGGCACCCACGCUGACGCUGCUCAAGGGCUUCAAGAUCUUCUGAUGAGUCGAUGGAGAAUGAGACCAGACAUAAAGAAUGGAAAUUUGAGACUUGUCUCAAACUUGUGCUCAAAGACUUGAGACUUAUGCUCAAACCUUGAGACUUAACUUGGACUUGUGCUCAGAGAUUUGAGACUUGACUGAGUGUCUCAGGCUCGAAGACUUGACUCAACCUGGACUUUCCUAAAGUGACUUAUUGACAAGUCUGCCAUAGUGGCUUACAAUAUGGACAAGUGAGAGAACUGUGAAAUAGGUUAUGAGAGACAAUGGACUGUGUCAUUGAAAAACAGAACAAAAUGGAGACAGAAUAACAUACAACCAAGCCAUCAACAUACUGUAUGCAGCAGAAGCUGUCAUGGUGAUAUCACCAUCACUUCGUUGGAGCGUGUACCAAAACGUCAUGAUGACUUACUGCACCUUCAAGUGAAGAGAUGGAACACUAAUUAUCAGAGCUCCUUGAGAGAUGGACAGUAAUGGACUGGUGUUUAAACUGUCAUUGUGAAUGUUGAAUUUAUAUUGCCAAAGUUUUCAAAGUUUGUCUUGAAGUCAGUUACUGGGACAAAGUUAUGUUAGUUGCCAAAUGUAUUGUGGUGAUUGGAGUGCAUAUGACGGUGAUGGUAUGUUCACUGUAGUAUAGAUUGCUGACACUAUGCACAUGUAUUUUUAUAUGCAUUUUAAUAAGCUUUAAAGGAAAACUCAUUUUAUCGAAUGAAGACAUAUUUUGUUCACAUGUUUUAAGUUAUUUGAUGUUAUAACACAAAGUAGUAAGUCAAUCUUUGAGUAAAAGGCCCAGUGCAGACAAAAUUCAGUUUUUCUGUGUUUUAUAUUAUAUUGUACAACAGUUGAUGAAACUAACACUGUAAAAGUGUGAAAAAAUGUGAUCAGUGUAAUUUCCUGAUAGGUGCUGGUUUCUAAUCAGCAGGUUUGCAUGGCCGCGAGUUUUGGCUUUCCAUGGUCACAUCACCAUGCUAUAAAUUGGUUCAUAGACAAAUAACAAAGACUGUUCCAAACAUCUCUGCCAAUAACAGCUAGUUUUCAGUUUUCCCCUCCCAUCUCAGACCACUCCCAGACAGUCUGAGCGAAAUUCUUGCUUGAGAAAUAUGUUUUUGCUAAAAAGCAUUUUUAGCCAAUUUUAAUGGAAAUCCAUUACAGUAAGGUACUUAAUUGCAACCCAGUAAUGAUUUGAUAUUGAUAUCAAAACAACUGCAUUGGGGCUUUAACUUCAUACAUACAUCGUUUUCACGAGAUGUGGGCGCCCUCCUCAGGCUCAUCAGUGUAACAACGGUUGCAUUUAAAAAAACUUAAAACACAGUUUUAUACUAUUGUAUGCUAAUGCCAUCCCAACCAAAAUGACAAAAAAGAACUAUUUUGAUAUGAACAGUUUUAUUUCCUUAUUGUAAAUACUGCAAUUGGUGGAAUGCUUUUAUAACACAAUGAAAAUGUAUCUUACAUAUGGAGAGGUAGUAUGAUGACAAAAGUUAACCCACUGAAUUCUGUUUUCUGUCCAAAACAUCUAUAUGUGGAUACUCUCUCACAAGAGCUUUCCACUAUACUCACAGCAAGAUAAUUCCAGUUUGUAUUAUAUUAGGAUCCCGAUUAGCUGAUGCCAUGAGUUCAGCUAAUCUUCCUGGUGGCCAGCAUUAUAACUAAAAAUACUUUACAAAUAGAAUUACAAAAGAGAUGUAUAAAGAGAAGUUUGAUCUUCCAAUUUUAAUGUUAUCUCAGACCAUGUUUAGUUGCCUUUUAGUGUUUCCCAAGUAGACUACACUUGAAUAGCUUAUGACACAUGAUUUAUAAGUGUUCCUACAUACUGUCAAGAGACAUAGGAAAACUCUUCACUACACUAUAAACAACACGUUGCACUUCUUCAUGACCAAAAAACAACAUUUACUAACUAUUUGGUAUCCUAAAUAGUUGGUUGCGAUGUUUCGACGGCCAGCAAUGUUUACAGUAGAUGUAUAUUCCAAGCAUUGCUGAAACUGCAACCAACAAAGUACUUGUGAAUGAUGACUGUGAUACUGCACAUCUUGUACACAGCAUUAUUUGUAGUAGUUGUAUACCCUUUUCACACUACUGAGCCAAGUCAAGCUGUACUGCGCUGGCAUGGUUAUGCAUCCACCAAUAAAAUAUCUGAGCCAGCACAGUACGGUCUGGCUCAGCACAGUAGUGUAAAAAGGGCAUUACAGUAAUUAAACAGACAGUGGUUGUUUAAGUUACAGGUCAAAA